AUGGGCCGCUAUCUGAAGGAAUACCAGGACCUUCUCAACGUGAAGAUGGCUCUAGAUAUCGAGAUCGCAGCCUACAGGAAACUGCUGGAGGGAGAGGAGACUCGCAUCACCUACUCCAACGUGGGCAGUAUGAUGAGCGGUUACUCUCAGACGCACAGCACCCCUAUGUUUGGGAGGUCCACGUACUCUCUACAGAGCAGCUCCUUCCUGAUGCCCAGCCGGCUGGUUCCUUACGGAUCGUACUCCGGGAGCCAGGCCGAGGAGGAACUCGCCCAGGUGGAGGAGACCAUAGAACAGACGGAGGCAGAAGAGGCUCAGAUGCAACCUCCCACAGACCAGGCCGAGGAAACAGAAGGUGAAGGCGCGGAGGGUGAAGGGUCUGAAGAAGGAGGUGGUGAAGAAGAAGAAGAAGAAGAGGCGGGAGGAGAAGAGGAAGGAGGAGAGGAGGAGAGCGAAGAGAAGGACGAGGGGGUAGAAGGAGACGAUGAACAGCAGGAGGAGGAGAGCAAAAACGGAGCCGAAGAGACGUCCAAGAAGGAACAAGAGAAGAAGUAAAGUGUUAAGAAACCGGUGCCAUCCAUCCACCCAGACCUACACCCACCCACACACGCACACACACAUACCCACCACACACACCCACCCACCC